AUGAACACUUUAGCAAACCAUGGCUUCCUUCCCCACGACGGUAGAAACAUCACACGAAACACUAUCAUCGAAGGGCUGUCAGCGGCCCUCAACUUCAAUGCCUCACUCGCGAGCCUGAUGUUUGACAUGGCUAUUGUUGUCAACCCAGAGCCCAACGCUACGUUCUUUACUCUUCGUACCGACGCCUACUUCGGCAACAACCACGUCUUCAACGAGACAAUCUUCGAAGAAACAAAGAAGUACUGGACCGAACCCACCCUGGAUGCCAACAUGUUAGCCAACAGCAAGUUGGCUCGCCAGAUCAGCUCUAAAGCAUAUAAUCCCACCUAUACAUUCACGUCGUCGAUGGAACAAUUCAGUCUCGGCGAAGUUGCUGCUCCCAUUAUCGCGUUCGGUGAUAUUCAAAACGGAAAGGUCAACAGAACUCUGGUAGAAUAUUUCUUCGAAAAUGAACGUCUUCCGACUGAACUGGGAUGGUCCCGGCGAGAGGAGGUUGUUGGUCUGAUGGACAUCAUGGGAGUGACCCAGAUGAUUGGAAAUGCUACCAACCUUAUCACUCCUUCUAAGGAAUCUCGUGCCGCUAGACGCCGAGACUUGCAUUCUGGUCUUGGGCUUUAG